CCCGAUCUUGGUCCACACGGCGCACACAGCUCUGAUCAGCACGCGUUCGUCGCUCACCACCCAUCCUUUGAUCCAUCCACCACACCGCUCCCAGCCCCGACACCGUCGCCGCAAGGUUACCCGCUGCAUCAAAACUCGUCGUCACCUUACGCCCAGACGUCGGCUCUCGGUGGCGUUGGUUCUCCAGUCUGGGUCAACCCUCCGCAACACCCACAGCACCAGCAGCAGCAGCAACAGCAGCAGCAGCAACAGCACCAGCAGCAGCAGCUCCAGGCUCUCCCCCCUCACCUCACCGGCGCGUCUCCGCUACCGGUCGCAACUCCGACACCGCCACCCGCUCCGGUUCCAAGUGAACCGAAAGCUACAGUGUCACCAACAAAACCUCCCCCGAAAAUCACCCUCCGCCUCCCUCCUCGUGGUUCUGUGACAACAAACUCGGAUCCAGACAUGGCUCCUCGCAGCCGCCGCGCAUCGGCCACGGCCAUCAAGAGGGAGCCUGAGCCGAGCACUUCUGGUCGUCCUCAACGCUCCAGCCGCGCUGCUGCCAAGAAGAGCUAUGCGGAGGAUGACGAGGAGGACGAGUACGAGGAAGAGGACGAGGACGGCGAUGAUUUCGACGCCAAGCCAAGUCGCCGUUCCUCCGCGACUGUGGGCCGUCGUUCGACUCGAGCUACCCGUUCGGACCAGUACGCUGACGACGGCGACUUUGAAGACAAAAUGAUGGAUACCAGCCCGGUGAUCCAGGAGGUUCCGGCAGGGCGUCCGAGAAGGAAGCGUGUCGUCGAUCCAGACGAGGACGAGGAGGAUUUCGUUCCGAAUGCCAAUGGAGGCCAUGAUGAGCCGGCGAUCCCUGAAGCUGAACCGGUGCAACAAGAAGACGACUCUGCUUUGCCCCCAAGCCAAGCACGUACUCGCCAUUCGUCGGCCGACGCCGAAUCGUUUGCCCCAGAGGAAAGCGACCAGGAUUCGCCAUCGCCCAGCCCCGAUCCUAUCGACGACUAUGAAGACGAGGAGGAUGAUGACAGCAUCGCCAGCGCCACACCACAGCGCCGCCGGACGCGCGCAUCCGUCGCGACGCGUUCGACUCGCAACACGCGAGGGCGCCGUGCGGACCCCGACUCGGAUGAAGAGUAUGGUGCGAGGCGCAACCUGCGAAAGCGCGACUCGCGACCAAACUACGAGCUCCCACCAAUGGAUAUCUCGGCGGAGAUUGCUGCCGCUGAUAUCAUGAACAAGGCGAUCGCUGCUGCAUCAGGUCCCCGUGGCCGCGGCCGUGCCCCAGGAUUAGCUGGUGGCGCUUUCGGAGCCUUGGGCUCAAAGCCCUUCCCCUGGAGCAUGAAGGGCAAAGACUUUGCACGAGCAAUGGGCGACCCCGACUCGUCAGACUCGGACGACAACCUGCAACCGAUGGCCAAUGCGGCAGCCGGACCAUCAGCUCUAGGCGGUGGUGGUCGCGCAGCCGGACCUGGAGGUGUGCCUGGACCAACAGACGUUCCCAACUUUGGACGCGUCAACCCCAAGUCUUCAAUGGCCGAUGCCGACCCUCUGGGGGUUGACAUCAAUGUCACGUUCGACCGUGUCGGCGGCUUGGACGAUCACAUCAACCAGCUCAAGGAGAUGGUCGCUCUGCCGUUGCUCUACCCAGAGCUUUUCCAGCAGUUCAACAUCACCCCUCCUCGUGGUGUCUUGUUCCACGGACCUCCGGGCACAGGCAAGACCCUCCUCGCUCGUGCGCUCGCAGCGUCAUGUUCCAAUGGCAACACAAAGAUUGCCUUCUUCAUGCGAAAGGGCGCCGACGUACUUUCAAAGUGGGUUGGUGAGGCAGAGCGCCAGCUCCGCAUGCUCUUCGAGGAAGCUCGCGCCUCGCAGCCAAGCAUCAUCUUCUUUGACGAGAUUGAUGGCCUUGCCCCUGUGCGAAGCAGCAAGCAAGAUCAAAUCCACGCCAGUCUUGUGUCGACUCUGCUCGCCCUAAUGGACGGUAUGGAUGGCCGAGGACAAGUCAUCGUUAUCGGGGCGACCAACCGCCCUGACGCCGUGGACCCUGCUCUUCGCCGUCCUGGUCGCUUUGAUCGCGAGUUCUACUUCCCGCUUCCUAACCGUGAUGCUCGAAAGCAGAUUAUCCGCAUCAACACUCGAAACUGGGAGCCCGCACUGCCCGACCCCAUGGUGGACACUCUGUCGACCAUCACCAAGGGCUAUGGUGGUUCCGAUCUACGCGCUCUUUGCACUGAAGCGGCCCUCAACGCCAUCCAACGUCGUUACCCGCAAAUCUACAAGACGACAGACCGGUUGCAAGUUCAGCCCGGCUCGGUUCACGUUCAGCCCAAGGACUUCAUGCUCGCUGUCAAGAAGAUUGUCCCUUCGUCUGCUCGAUCGGCGUCAUCUGCCGCGAUCCAGCUGCCAACUCAGCUGGUUCCAUUGUUGUCCAAGCAGCUUGAAGCGCUCAAGGCAGCUGUCGACCGCGCCAUCCCGCCGGGCAAGAAGCGCACUGCGCUCGAGGAGGCAGAGUAUGAGGACGAAGAUGGGGACACGUUCGAGAAGGAAAUGAUGCUCCAGUCGCUCGACAAGCUCAGGACCUACCGUCCACGCUUGUUGGUGUACGGGAAACCGGGUUCUGGGCAGACAUACCUCGGCCCAGCCAUCUUGCACCACCUCGAGGGUUUCCACGUCCAGUCCCUGGACCUUGCGACUCUGAUGAGCGACUCUACGAGAACACCAGAGGCUGCAAUCGUUCAAUUAUUCGUGGAGGCGAAGCGCCACCAGCCAAGCAUCAUUUUCAUCCCCUCUUUGGCACAGUGGUCGUACACAGUGUCGGAGACGACCAGGUCCACAGCCCGGGCACUCUUGGACGGCAUCCCGCCAUCAGACCCGAUCCUCCUGCUGGCCAUCGUCGAUGGCGAACUGGAGACUUUGCCGCGGGAUGUGCGGGCGUGGUUCGGCUUCGGGGACGAAAACCGACUGGAACUUGGCGAGCCAAAGGCGGAGCAACGCGAGGAAUUCUUCGCCGAGAUCCUCGCUGCAGCCAGUAGGCCGCCGACCGAUUUCCCUGACGGUGUGCCACGCAAGCGCCGUGUCCUUGAGGUCUUGCCUCCUGCACCACCCCUUCCACCACGCCAGCCAACCGAAGCAGAGGUUGCUCGCGAAGCGGAGCGUGAUAUCGCGGCGCGCAACAUGCUGUUCGUCAGCUUCUCGUCGCUUGUCAGCGAGUUUAUGAAGAAGUACAGGAGGCCGGUUGCGUUUGUCAAGGAAGAUGCUUUCCAAUACGCCGCCGUUUUGGCGCAGCAAGCUGAGCUGGCGGCGAACCCGCCCAAGACUCCUCCGCAGGUUGAGGCGGAGCCUGUGAUCGGCGACGAAGGUGCUGCCAUUGUUGUCGAGGCUGCCACCGCCCCCGCUGAACCGAUUGCGGUGGACGGCGGCGAAGGCUCCCUCGUUGCGCAGGCGCAGGAGAUGCUCCCACCACCUGCCGUCAUCAACGUCGACGCUGAGACUACCGCUGCCCCCACCCCUACUCCUGUGACAACAUGGCAGGCUCACGACAUGGACAUUGACACGAUUCAGCGCAAGCUCGUCCGACACAAGUACUUUACGCCAAACGACUUUUUGGCGGACGUUGCUCUCAUCGAAGAGAACGCAAAGUACACGAGCGAAGCCGACCGCCAGAUCCGGGUUUCAGAAAUGGUCGCCCACGCCCGGAUGCACGUCCAGAGCUUCGACCAGAAGUGGAUCCCCGAGUUUGAGCGUUACGCCGUUCGCAUGCGCGAGAGGAAAGCUGAGCGAGCAAAGGCCAAGGAAGCUGCUGCCAAGGAGGCCGCCGACAAGGAGGCUGCCGAUAAGGAAGCAGCCGAUAAGGAGGCCGCCGACAAGGCUGCGGCUGAAGGCGGCGUUACGACUGCCGGCUUGGAAGGCGCAGCAGGCGAUGCUACCGCAGCACCAGCACCCGAAGCCAAUGGCUUGAAGCGGGCUCGUGAGGACGAGGAGGGUGCUGCAGGUCCAGCAGAGAAGCGGCCCCGCGACGACGCCAUGGACGUGGACAGCGUUGAUCCUGCUCCGGCACUGGGCACCCCCGGGGCCGCUGCCAACGGAAACGGCAGUGCUCAAGCUCCUCCAGACGUGUCGACUGCGGACCCUGCUCCUGCGCUUUCACGGAACGGCUCGGCCACUCCGCACCCUGCACCAGCCGUCCCCACAGCACCUACAUCCCCCGAGCCAGUCUUGGGACCACUCGUCAUCCCGAACGACGCCCUGCAGAGCCUCGGCGCCUUCCUUCGUGACGGCACCGAGAUCCUCAACGUCGAGCAGCUCGAACAGCUUCGUGCCGCUCUGCUCGACCGUAUCUGGCGCCAGCGGACAAACUGGGAUCGCACCGACCUCGUUACGGAUAUGCGCGAGUUUGCGGGCAAGUUUGUGUCCGAAGUACGGGAGAUUGGGCCCGAGGUGGAAUAGAACAGGGCGUUUUCAAUGCCAACAAAAGACAGAGUAUAGAUGGCUCAUAGUGAAGAAAUGAGAGCAGUGCAGCAGUGAGA